AUGGCUGGUUUGUCUGAAGUAUGCUCUCAUAUUGGUGCAACAUUAUUUGCUUUGGAAACUGGCGUAAGGAUGCGCAAUUUGACAACAUGCACGCAGGAAAAAAGCCAGUGGAUCAUGCCAGCAUAUGUCAAAGAGAUCCCAUACAAGCCAGUCAACGAAAUGGACUUCACUUCUGCAAAGAAAAAGUUUAAUCUGCUGCAUGAAGAAAAUGUCACACCGACCACUUUAAGAGAUAAGCCUGCAGCACAGCUAAAACAAAAAAACAGCGAAGCUGAAAUUGCAAAGUUCUUUCAAGAACUAUCAGUGUCUGGGACUAGGCCAGCUAUCUUGUCUCUGRUGCCAGAGUAUAGUGAUAAAUAUGUCCCAAGUGAUAUGUGCCACUUGCCUUUUCCACUGACAUCAUUGUUCAAGGCAGAAUAUCAGCAGCUGUCUGGAGAGGAACUUUUUGCUUUGGCAGAAAGAACAGUAAUUGCAUUGACAGAGGAUGAAUGUAAGGCAAUUGAGAAGGAAUCAAGAGAUCAGAUCAAAAAGCUGGCAGAAUUACUGCAUCCAAGUUACGGGCUGCUUGCCAUACAAACCCAACUGCACCGUCAAAAAGUUUAA